AUGGCCACCAUCCGGCUACUUCUCACCCUUGCCAUUCAACGGCAGUGGAAAAUACAACAAUUGGAUAUCUUCAAUGCUUUUCUACAUGGCGACUUGUCGGAUGACAUCUACAUGCGUCAACCACCGGGCUUCAUCGACCCAAAUUUACCCGACCACGAACACUACGCCAAUAAACUGCUCAAGGACAUCGGGUUCACGGACUGCAAAGCAGCUCCCACACCUCUCGCUCUUAACAAUACUCAUAAAACAAACCCUGCAAAGCCAUUCGCCGACCCCUCACUCUACAGACGCCUAGCCGGAGCCCUCCAAUACCUCACGAUCACUCGACCAGACAUUGCUUUUGCCACCAACCGCAUCUGCCAACAGAUGCACCGCCCCACCGACCAGGACUAUCAGGAUCUCAAGCAAAUCCUCCGCUACAUCAAAGGCACCAUCUCCUUUGGAUUGCCUUUUAUCCCUGGCGACCUCACCCUCCGGACAUUUACCGAUGCCGACUGGGCGUUGGAUCACACAGAUAGAAAAUCUGUCUCCGGGUUCUGCACAUUCUUGGGUCCUAAUCUAAUCUCCUGGACAGUCAAGAAAUAG